CAAUUCAACAGCUCCUAUUCCCUUCUCGACCUUCCUCCUUAUCCUCACUGGCAGCAGCAAGUGCUUAUUCAGCUAUUUUCCUCGGCCUGGAUCCUGUGCACGUCUCGUGCUGUAUCUCCCAGGACGCAAACGAUAUACUGUAAGCUUCCAAUUUCGUGGUAGCCCGGAAUCGCGGCCUCGAAGCUUGGAAGUUGGAACGGACCUCCCGAAAUUACAUGGGGCUAUCUCAAGAGCGGUUCGCAGGACAAUAACCACCUUGAACUAUUCACGAGGGUUUCCCUGGCCUCUGCCAGUCUGCUUAGGUUGUUGCUGAAAGAAUGGGUUUCCUCGGCGUCUACAGAGCAAUAUACGAUUAUGCGCCGCAAGGCGAGUCGGAGCUUGCUAUUUCUGAGGGGGAUAUACUCUACGUCCUAGAGAAGAGCGGAGAGGACGACUGGUGGAGGGCAAAGAAGAAGGCUUCUGGUGAAGAUGACGACGAGCCUGUUGGUCUGAUACCCAAUAACUAUGUUGAAGAGGCUCAGCCAUCGGCUCAUGCUCGCGCCCUUUACGACUAUACUCGACAAACGGAUGAAGAGCUAUCAUUCACGGAAGAUUCCCAGCUAGAAGUGUUUGAUACUACAGACCCAGAUUGGAUAUUGGUAGGACUUGACGGAGAAUAUGGGUUUGCGCCAGCCAACUAUAUUGAGGUGUCAGAUGAGGCUCCUGCUUCAACUCCCGCAGCCUCUACCUCAGCACCUCCGAGCCUGCCCCGACGGCCUGCACAAGUGGAAGAAGAGGAAGAACCAGAACCAUCGCCUCCAUCGCCACAGUCGCCUGUUCAUAACCCAGCUGCGGCAUUGGCAGGUAUCAUAAAUCAGCGAAAGGCUUCUGCUCCAUCAGCUCGAGCACCCCCGCCACAAUUCACGCCUGAAGCAUCAGAUGAGGACGAGGGACCAACACCCUCAUUGCCAGCGCGUCCAGGAUCAAUAGCCAGAUCACCUGAGCCCGUCGAGCCCUAUAGGUCGCCCUCCUCAUCAGGUGGACCACAAGCCUCACCACCUUACAACAGAGCGAGCUUCAACAGAGGUAUUGACGAUGAAGUUGCCCACCAUGCACCAGGUGGUUUCCACAUGUAUAACAUCAAUGAGAUGGUUGAGGUUAUGGGGAAGCGGAAGAAGAUGCCCACAACAUUGGGAAUCAAUACCGCCACAGGUGUGAUCUUGAUUGCUCCUGAGAAAGCAAGGGAUGGCCCGGAACAGAAAUGGACAGCAGAUCAAAUGACGCAUUACUCGAUUGAGGGGAAGCACAUCUUCAUGGAGCUUGUAAAGCCAAGCAAAAGUAUCGACUUCCACGCGGGGGCAAAAGAUACUGCACAAGAGAUUGUGAGCGCUCUUGGAGAGCUCGCAGGUGCCGUACGUGCUGGAGGAUUGCGAGAGAUCAUAUUUGCAGGCUCGGGAACUUCACAGAAGAAAGGACAGGUUCUUUAUGACUUUAUGGCACAAGGAGAGGACGAGGUUACAGUCGCUGUGGGAGAUGAGGUAAUUGUUAUCGACGAUACUAAGAGCGAAGAAUGGUGGCAGGUUCGGCGACUUCGAAAUGGAAAAGAAGGAGUCGUUCCUAGCAGCUAUGUCGAAAUUACUGGAACUGUCACAACGAGUAGCAACUCUGGGGUCAAUGCUGGGAAAUCACUCGUCGAACAAAACAGACUCGAAGAAGAGCGCUUGGCAAAGGAAUCUUUGAAAGCAGCUCGGAGAGAGGAGGAAUCGAGAGGGUCAGAGGUAGGCCCUGGGAUGCGCCUGCCCGAAAGAAACAGUAGUUUGUCGGCGCGAGAUAGUAACAACCAUGGCCAACAGAGGAGAAAUGACGGUCGACACGAUACCCAGUCACGAUCUUCGAAAUCGAAACCUGAUCCAUCGAAAGUACGGACAUGGACCGAUCGAUCGAAAUCAUUCAGUGUAGAAGCUCAAUUCUUGGCGUUGAAGGAUGGAAAGAUCAACCUCCAUAAGAUGAAUGGCGUGAAAAUCGCUGUACCGGUGUCCAAAAUGUCCAUUGAAGAUUUGGAGUAUGUGGAGAGAACUACAGGGGUAUCUCUUGACGAAGACAAGCCACUUUCGGACAUCAAAAAGCAGCAAGCUCGACAACAAGAGAGAUCCAGAGAUGCUAGCGGAGGGAGUGCUCCCUCAGCCGGCGCUACCAUUGAACGUCCGCCUGGAAAACCAGAGUAUGAUUGGUUCCAAUUCUUCUUAUCUUGCGACGUUGCAGAUAUUGAUGCAACUGUCCUUCGGACACUUGGUCUCCGAGAAGGCGACAUCAUCAAGGUCAUGCGGUUCUUGGACAAGAAGUAUAAUCGAGCCGGAGCCAAGCGAAAUGUUAGCUUUGGUGGUGAAGAAGUCAUUGAUGGCGAAUCAUCCGGAGGUCUUUUCUCUGGUCCAGGUGGGACCUUGAAGAAUAACACACGCAAAGGACGCCCGGCCCCUGCUGUUCAGACAAAUGACACUGUUGAUCCGGAUGCUUUCAAGCAAGAACCGAAGGAGAGGAAGUCCGAAGGCGUUGCAACUCCUCUUGCAUCGGUGCCAACACCUGCUCAAAAGGAUAUGGUCAGAAGUGGAUUCGAUGAUGAUGCUUGGGAUGUGAAACCAUCAAAGCAGCCUGCUCCAGCAACUACAAGUCAACCUUCACAGCCUGCUCCUGCACCGGCUCCAGCAGCUCCUGCCUUAACAGGUGGAAUGCAAGAACUCUCACUCCUCUCUCAACCGCUUGAACCAGUCAAGGCCCAACCUACCGCACCUCCUCAACCACCCCCACAGAUGGUGCAACCACAACAACAGCAACAACAAGCCCCCCAACCUCCACCAGUGACACCUUCUAUUUUUGCUGGCAUUGGCAAUCAACAGACAGGUUUGGCACCUCAGCAGACUGGUGCACUGAAUCCACAGUUCAACCAGAUGAACCAGAUGAACUCUGGUCUAAAUAUCGCGCGUCAACGACCAGCGCCGGCACAGCAGUAUCAAAGCCAAGGCUCGCUAAUGAUUCCUGCUCCACCAAGCAGACCAUUGUCUGCACCUAACGCGAAUCAGCAAAGUGCUUUUUCGUUGCCCCCAUUGCAACCCCAGGCCACUGGCAUGCAGACAUCAGCAGGCUAUCAGCCACAGAUUGCUCCACCUGGUCAAAGCCUGAAUGACCUGAGAUUGCAGCAACAAUACACUAGCUUCAAUGGCAUUCAAAAUGGCCUUCAAACACCUCAAACGGGCUUUCAGAACCAGCAGCAGCAGCAGCAGCCGCCACAGAAUUUCAACCAAUUCAAUCCUGGAAUGCAACAAAAUGGUGGCUUCCAAUAUCCAAUGCAGACCGGCAUGCCUCAACAGAAUUUCAUGAACAACGGCAUGAAUAAUGGAGGUGGACCAUUCGCCGAUCCACGGCCGCAGCAAUUCCCUCCUAUCCAGCCUCAGCCUACAGGCUUCCAGAGUUCCUUCCCUCAACAGCAACAAUACCCGCAACCUACCGGGGUCAACUCUUUCCUUCCUCCACCUUUGCAACCUACACCUACUGGCGCCCAACCCCAGAAUGGCUUUCAACCCUCCUUCAAUGCUCCUCCAGUGCCUCCUAUUCCUCAACAACAUGCAAUGCAACCAUUGUUGCCCCAGAAGACUGGACCUCCACCGCCUGUGAGAUUUGGGGUGUCGGGCGACACCAAGAAGCUCAUGCCUCAGGCUACUGGGCGUAGAGCAAACCUGUCUCAAGCUACUCCUCAAAACCCCUUCGGUUUCUAGGCUGGUGCAUCUGUAUAUUCACGUGGCAAGCGAAUGUUUCUUCUGUAGAAUAGGCUGGCAUAGCAUGUCGAUGUUAAUAUCACGAAUACCAGGGCUUCCUUUUUCAUAUGUGUCAAGUGAUGCCUGCUGUGAAUACAACAAUCUCUGAAAGGUGCUUGUGGCAAUAUGGGAAUAUGCCGCUUUGUGUAUGGAUGCUCGAUCCACUAUUCUCUGCAUAGUUUUGAAUAUCAUGAGGUGCUUGAACUUGUUGCAAACUCUUUCCGGCCGUCUGUCAUUCAUGUUUUCCGUGGCAUUUGACAGCAGAAACUCUCUACUUGAUCCAGAUAUCUAGGGACUUUUAGGGAGAACCUUCUUCGGCCCCCUGUUUAAACUUCUG